UUUUUUUUGUUAAAAUAAAUUGUACUUCUUAACAAUUUUUUAAUUUUUACUAUAUCAAUCCAAGCCUCAAAUAAGCAUCCUCACCAACUAUAUCAAGUCCUUUCCUUUUCCAGUUUGGACUACAGAAUCCACACUAAAUUCUUUGAGGAGCCCACAUUUCGUUACCAACUUACCAAAUAUUAGUCAAUUUUUUAUAUGUGAAACGCAUGACUAUUUACUACCCCCUCUCAUUAAAUUAAUUGGCAUUCUUGUAAAUAAUUCCCAUAAUUGUGUUAUUUUAUAUGGCGAAACACGCUGUUUGGUCUACCAACAUUUGUUUUUGCCAUAAAAAGGUUCUUAUCCAUGGUUAAGUUUUAUCCCCCAAAGCUUAACCAUAGUUAACCUUUUUAUUUUUUCUUUAACCAUGGUUAAGUUAUUGGUCUCCCCCACCUUUAUAUAAGAAGAUGAUACAACAGUUUAUCAAAAAGGCAGAGAUAUUGCAAGCUUACCUUAAAAAUGGCAUUCUAUUUAGAUGAAGAAGAAAUAUGGAAAUGUCCAAAACACCCUUCAAAGAGACGAAGAAACGGAGUUUGCCCUGUUUGUCUCAAGGACCGUUUAGUCAUUCUUUGCCCUGACUGUGCUAACGUACGCCCCUGUGCUUGCUACGCCUCUACGGCGUCGUCUUCCUCCUCCGCUUCGUCUUCGUUUUCUAUCUUCUCCACAUCCUCCGGCCGUAGUAACGGCGGCGGCGGUGGUGGUGGUUGUGACGGAGUUUGCUCAGCCGCACGUGUGUCCAAUCUCAUAGAUAGUGAACCGGCGUUCCUCCGAUCGAGAUCCGUCGGAAUUCCGUUCCUCCGAUCACGUGACAAAAACUCCGUCGAGCGGAAGAAUCAACAAAUUAGUAACAAGAUGAACAAAACGCCGUCGUUUUGGUCGGUUUUCAAGCUGAGUAGUAAGAGUAGGAGAAACGGAGAUAAUUCAGAGAAAGAAGAACUGAAAGCGGGAACUAAAGGUGAUAUUUUUCAUGACAAUAAUAUUAACGAAAUUACUGCUGAUAGAAUUGAAGAUUUUGCGAAGAUGAUGAAGAGAUCGAGAUCAAUGAGUGUGGUAAUAACGUCAAUUUCCGGCAAAGAGUCACCGGCGAAGUCAAAAGGAUGGCAUUUUCCGAGUCCGAUGAAAGUUUUCCGGCAAUCGAAGGCUUCGAAAUUGGCUCACGAACGGUCACCUUUGUACAGAGGUUGAGGUUUUUUUUUUUUUUUUUUUUUUGAGUGUAUUAUUUAAUGUUUAGAUACUAUAAGAGGGGAUUUUAUGAAGCACUCGAGUAAAUAAUAAAAUUAGUUUUAUUAUUAUGAAUAUGAAACAAUAAUCACUUCUGUUUAAGAAGAUUAGAAGAAGUGGAAGUUGUAAUGUACUUUCAGGUUGAGUAAAUCUCCAUUGUACUUGUUUUCUGAUAGCUAGUUAUGUUGUUCGUACUCUUUAAAAUAUUGAAAGAAGCAUGUUAGAUUCUUUAAUAUUAGGAGAGUUCGAACAACAUAAUUUACUACUAUAUUUCAUUACUAUUGAAUUCAAAUUUACUAUAUGGUUUUUUGGUA